GGUCAAGAUUGUCCUCACUGAAAAACGAUUAUAUAACGAACAUGCCUAGGACAAUUUCGCAAGUGAAUUCGAAAACAUAAUGGAGUUAAACGUAUGUGCUAGCAAAAAACAGUUCGUGUUUCAUGAAAAAAGAGUUCGGUAGGCAUCGUUCAUAAUCGGCUCGCACUAGAUCCUGUGAUCAGCGUCUAGAGAGAGAGAGAGAGAAGAUUGUGAUUUAGAGUGCGAGGGCUCGUAGAAUCGAGAAUGCCCGCCGUAGAGUGCGAGGGCUCGUAGAACCGAGGUGACGAUGAACUCGGUCUGUUCGAUUCAUUCGUCUCUUAUCGUGAAACUUCGUCUCCCCAAUCCCAAACCGGAAAAAGCUAUAGAUUCUGCAUCUAACUAGUAGAAAAUGAUAAUCACAACUACAGCAAAAAACAAAGCAAUAAAGGUGAUUGAUUUAGUACUAUUGAGACUAACUUAUGUGUAGAAGUUUACAUCGCAAUCUUUAUCUACCACAAAUCAAUGGACGGUCAAUUAUGAAGUAGAUUCAACCUACGCGGCUCUUUGAAGUGUUGAAAAACUCGUAGCGGCGUCGACCCGGAGCGGGAGGAAUUGACUCGGAUUCCCAGGACUCGCAAGACGCACCCCUUAACAGCUUCUUCUAGUACCCCAACCCCAACAUCAAGAACCACGAAAUACCAUUACAACGUCUUCGGCUAAGAAUCAACAACCGACUGCGAAGAGAUGUCGUUGUUUUCGCGGCGAGCUGCCCUCAGUGCGGCUUCGGUAGGAUUUACCACGGCUUUUCCCUAUUAUGGGAGUCAGCGGACCGCUUACGACUUGGCGGAUGACGCACAGGAAGUCCAGGAUUUGCAAAACGGGAUGAUGCUGGAAGAAGACUAUGGCCAAAAGACUAAUAUUUGCUGGUGUUGUUAAGUUGUACUGCUGUUACAGUAAUGGAUUUUUUUUACAUGCUAAACAAAAAUAAAUGAUCCCUCCAUGAUUUUUACUGUAAGAGAAUGCUGCUGGAAAAGGAGUCUACUCAUACUCAAGACCACUACGUGUUGGUUCGUGAGUAUGAGCACACCUUUUCCUUUCAUAGCAGAAUCAUGCUGGAAGAAGAAUACGGCAACAGAAUAUCCUGUUUGUUUUUUAGUUCCCAAGUACAACUCGUUGUUGAGUCCUAGCGGGACAGGAGGACAGCUGGACAAAUGACAGCUGGACAGAAGGAAACUAAAUCAGUCAGCCUGUUAGAAUUUAAUCAGUACUAUACUCCUCAAAUCCGUCAGCCUGUUAGAAUUCAGUCGGUACUGUAUUCCGGUCGUUGGGGGUGAGUCCACGCUGGUCCCUUGUUGUUGAGUCGGCUGGUUCAUCCUAGCCGUACUUGUAUAGGUGAUUAAUGUGUACAGAGUUUCCUAGAACCAAGAUGAAUAGACACAACUUUCCGAAUUUACUAUUACCACACAACUCUUCUUCCCCGCUCUAAGACCAAAGAAUGGAAGCUGCUGAAGCAGUGGCGGAGCAAGUUGCGAUCGAGGAGGCUCUCGACGAUAUGCUUGGCGUCCAGGAUAAAAGAAUCGAAAGCCAUUUCGUCAACACAGCUUCCCAGAGUAUGUUGGAAGCAGAUAUGACCGAUAGAAGCUGGUCGAAUAUGGGUACUUACGACUCAAAACCAAAUCUCUUUUUUGUGGAUGAUGGAGGGUACGAGAGUACAAUUUUUUAAUCCCCAACACGCAAAAAAGCAGAUGGAUAAUAUUAAUGAUCCCGUCUCUUGUUACUCUUUGAUACAACUGCGCCACCAAAAAUAUCCAUUCUCACAUCGUCAACAACAGGUUCUGAGCCACUCUGCAUGGACACUAAGACGCCGAUCCCGAACACGCCUGCGCCUCUGUACUCCAUGAUGACGCGAGAUGGACGUUGCGGACCGUCCCAGGGAAACCAAGCAUGCAAGACUGGGUGCUGCAGUCAAUACGCUUGGUGCGGAGACGGACAUGAUUUUAUGGGUCUCUUUCUAAUGAUAACAAGGAUACCUGAUAACAAGGAUUAGGAUAGGAUACCUGAUAACAAGGAUACCAACAAGGAUAGCACUUACCCUCAGAACAUCAUGAAGUCUCGUCCAACUAGUACUCUAUUCCUCGCUAUAAUUGUUCCUAGGAAUGCGAAUGUCUUUCUUGUAGUGUGCUGUUGGUGUUGCUUUCAUCAAAUGCCCCUGAGGAGAUAUCAGGAAACUUCAAAUGGGAAGAAAAGUUCUAAUUCCUGGUGUGAUUGCAAUGCUGGAUGCGAUCCCCGUUUCGGACGCUGUGAAGCCAAUUGGCAUGACUACACUCUGGGAGAAAACAUCUGUGCGAUGCCUUCCCAUGUAAACGAUGCGAUGAAGAAUCUCUUAUGAGACACUGAUAAGAAGAAUCUCUUAGAUACAGUCAGAUGAGUAUCGAAAUCGAAAAAAGUUGAAAGUACAAGUUACAAUUCUCGGCUCCUCCGAUAUCCGUAGUUUUGUGGCCGAAUGUACGGUCUUAUGCGCCCCCAGUAUGUAACUUGGAUGACAAUAGUUGAACAUGUUAAUUGAUUGUUUGAAAGGGCGGUGGCGUAUAGUCCUAAACCAAAAAAAAAAAAUCUACGGGUACUACGGACAGUGCCAUCAGGGACCCACACAUGACAUGUUCUCUAUCGCGCCUCUGCUAGUGCAAAUGAAGAAGUGCGCUUGUCAAUACUGCGCCACUCCAACCACCUUUCCUCCCUUUUCCCACCUCUCUUUCCUCCCACUGCCUACAACCUCUCCUCCUCCUUCAUAUCCCUUCCAGGCUCAACAAGACGGACAGAUGUACUCAUCCAGUUCGAACACGGCCAGUCUUUUCGACUCCGAGAUCGCCGAUAUGCAUCGCGCCAUGCCCACUGCGACGUACGAGCAGUUCUACAAUUAUGGACAAACUUUUACAUGAUUCUGAUUUUGAUUCAUUGCAUUCUUCACAACUUGAAACAUCCUUGCCUUAUACUUUAUUUGUUUCUAAGAAGAUCAAGAUGAAAAGUAUUAAGUCAAGGAUAUUUGUUGUGAAGAAUGCAAAAGUGCUGGAGCCUUCUCUAACGCAAUGGUUUCAAAUGCCUCAAAGACGAGUGGCCUUCUCUUACCUUGCCUCAGUUACAGCGCAUGGUCGUCGCGGUUGGUACCAAAGCCAAGAUUCGAGAGGUCGUCCACAGUUCUCUCAUUUUGCACGAAUUCGCGGAUGCAGUACAACUUGAGUAUGUGUGGAUUUGGCUGUUGUCCUUGCGCAGCAGUUUCAGCCAGUACCAAAACGUGGAGAUCACGCGCGUUGCGAUUUUCUUGCGCUAUAUUCGCGGUCACCUGUGCGCAGAGAAGGUGCGAUCCUGUGAUGAUGUGACGCUGAAAUUACGGCUUUGUACCUGAAAAUGAGACAGUUGGCUGGGGCGAUGAUGGCCUGUGCGUACCUGAAGAUGAGAUGGAAUACAUACUUAUAUUGUAAUACAUACAUGCUGAUUGUAAUACAUACAUACGAAGUCCCAGAGGAUACAUACUUACAAAGUCCCACAAUUACCAGCCAUAAUAGCUCCGUUGACCUAGUGAACACCGUUUAUAUUUACCGUUUACCGUUUAUAUUUACCGUUUUGUAUAUUUGCCGUUUUGUAUAUUUACGGUUUUGUAUAUUUACGGUUUUGUAUAUUUACGGUUUUGUAUAUUUACCGCUUAUAUUCACCUGUGGUUUAUGUUUAUCGCUCACGUUUACCGUUGGUUUAGAUUUCCCGUUGAUAUACUCCAUUUAGUGAACACAUUUUUCAUUGUUCAGCAGUAUUGCAAACUCUUUCAUCCAAAUAAGGAAGAUAUAAACAAGUUCCUCCUCCUCAUCCUCUAAUCCAAGCCAGCGUGGACGCUUUGCAACGUGUUGCUACGCACUUUCCGCAUGACCAACUGCCCGAUAUCGAUCGUGCCUAUACGCAGAUGCGCUUGCAGUGGGAUGGUUUGGGAUUUUUCCAGUUUGCGGAUGCGAUGGGCAUGUUUGCGAAUGCACUCUUGCAGGGCAACGGAGCAAAGUUGCCGCCGUCUCAACAGACCCUUACGCCACAAGGAGCUGGCUCACUGCUAGCGCCUCAGGGACUCACGUUGUCUAGCGCAGCGCAGCCCGGAUUUGCAGGGUUAUGCACGGACUAAAUGGGGUAUCUUAGUAGAGAAAAGGACUAAAAGUGCUAGAUAAAAGGGCAUUUCUCUCCCAAGUGAAGAGAUACUAGAAUAGCGUUCCAUGAAGUGAUGCAGUGAAGUAGAACCAUUAAUGGAAACUACCUUUGUUUUUCUUUUAAUGGCACUACUUUGAUGAAGUAUGUUAUGUCUUGAUUUAACAUGGCUUGAUUUAACAUGUCUUGAUCUUAUCAAGGCUCACGUUGUCUAUAGCGCAGCGCAGCCCGCGUUUGCAGGGUUAUGCACCAUAGGACUAAACAAUAGUAUAGUUUGCUAGGGUUUUUAUGCAUAGUCCGCGCAUAGGACUAAAUGAGAAUGUUGAGAUCACAAUCUUCUUCCCUUGACCUUGAUGAAUUGAUGAAUUGAGUAGUCUCUAGUAGUCUCUAACUUCUCUAACCCAUGAAUUUAGUAGUCUCUAACUUCUCUAACCUCUCCCAUCGGCGGGCCGCAGUACGUUGUCCCCUUGGACCUGAUCAAGUCUUCUCUGCAGGAGCUGAAAACGCGUACCUACUUGGAAGGGGAGUCCAUCAUGGUCAUCAUCGAGAGUCUCACCUCCCUCUUCGCGACUGGGCAACCGAGUUCUUUGCCCUUGUUCUUCAGUGGUCUGGUUGAAUUGCUGGACACGUUUUCUUUGACGAAGACGCAGCCAGUUGCCAGUUUGGCACCUACGAUUUCGCAGGUACUGUAAUUAUUUAGAAGUUUUUUUAAUUUGUAGCGAGUUUGGCACCUACGAUUUCGCAGGUACUGUCUAAGAUUAGAAAUUUGCUCAGCCUUUCUGUAAAGCAACGAUUGGAUCUUUCUGCUCUUAAGCAACUAUAUCAAGUGAUCCAUACAAUAGUUCCUCGAAGACCACUAGGACCCAAAAACCAAUGAUAAGGCUUUUGCACAAACGAGUGCUCCGUUUGGCGAGAUUGCUUCGAUGCUGUCCAAGAUCCGCGACUUGUAUCCAACUGACUCCCGUCCUACGCUUCCGAUGUGCAUUGAGCUGUUCACGCAGUUUCUGGCUGCACACCCAAGAGAGGAACCUGGCGACUUCCGUUCCAUUCUGGAUACCAUGCGCCGCGAUACACCGGCUCUGGCUACGGUCGGCUGGGGUGAAGGGGUUGCUAAUGGCGAUGCUGCCACGGUCUUCGCGUUGGAGAAGUUAAGAUUUUGAUUUUUUUAUCCUCCUAGUACUAUAAUUAUGAAAUAGAAGUAGUAUCUUAGGCAGCUCGCCGAAUAGAUUAAUUAUGAAAUAAGUACUACUAGUACCGGCGGUGUAAGUAACCUCUUCAGUCUCAAUUUCUAAGGCAAGAAUUACCACAGCAUUUUACUCGUGGAGGCUAUCCUUUGGUGCAAUCCGAUAUCGACUCUGGUGUGGAGCAGUUGAUUCAGGCUUAUGGCGGUCCGAAUGAGGUGCAACGCAUGGAAGUGGUUUCCAGUCUGCUACGUGCGGGAAAACGGUUUGGUCCGCUGUUAGGGCAGGGUUUUUACCCGUAUACAAUUGACUUUGACUACAACUAUCAUCACGCGGUUAGAGUAUUUUGUCUCGUAGGCGACCUUCCCUUGUAGCACGUCUGCGCAUAAAAAAUGAGACUUUCUCCUCCAAUUAUCUCCACGUCCCUUCAAUUCUAACCUCUGCCGAUUUCUACAACACGGUGGAGGCAUUGAAGCCUUUGGCCUCGUCGGGUGGUGGCAUUUUCUUCGGCGGUGCGGUGCGCAAGUUCAGACUCCGCACUGUGGUGGCCUCGUUGGAGGUGUUGAGUCGAUUUUCGGAUGUCGCCCAUCAAGGAAGUGUGGGAACCACUGAGAUUAUGAACUUUGAAGACACCAGAUCAUUAGGUAUCGAUGUCCGCAUCGUUAGUUUUCCCCUAUUUGCACUAUCAGCAUUUAAUUUAGUGACCGAUUAUUAACGUGUAGUGAAGAAUGUCAUAGCGUUUCAUUUUCAUUUACAGUCUAGUCAUAGAAGGCAGUAUAAGUCAUACGCGUCGCUCUAAUCUGCGUCGUGAAAACGGCAACUUGUUGGCGAAUUCCCCGUCGACGCUUGUCUCUACCGCGGUACCCCUGACUACCUGUGCUGCGACUAUGUCCGCGAUGCAAACUGAGCUGGCUAAUGAUGAUGAACUCUUUGCCGUGUCCGUCGAUUUUGCCAGUUUGAAAGUCGGGCUUGCGGAUGAAGUGACUUAUGGAAAAGAAGGAUAGAGGUCGGUAUAUUUGCUCCAUACUUAGCUGGUUUUUACGUAAGUAUGCUAGUUCUCAAAUGGUAUUCUUAUUUCGCCAGUCGUAGCAAAUCUGGAUGCAGAAGAGAGCGUACUUAUUUAGAAAUAGAGAACAAGCAAAAUGACCACACCUCAUCUUCUAAUUUUCUCUCCUCGAUGUUUGGACGACCAUGAGCGACAUCAAGAAGGAUCUCGCCCCCACCGAGAGCUGGCGUACAGUCGCUGACAGUUUGCACCGCUUGCUCACCAAGUUUCGCCGAGUGACGCAUCUCCACCAUCUCCAUGACAUGUUGGCUGAUGCGAAGGCCCUCUACAAAAUCACCAGUCUGGACGAUUUGCUGCAACCAUUGGUCGAAUUCGAGACUGAGUUUGUCUCUUUUCGCGAACAAGGCAGUUUGGAGGAGUUGAUGGAGUUUUUGUUGGACUUGCGUGGGGCAGAACGAAAAAUCGGCAUUGUCAACGACAAGAAAUUGGGGACGCAGGAGGUCACCCGAUUUAUUCAAUAGAGAGGAUUAUGAAAAACGUUUUUUAGGUCGUCUUGUUGAAUAUUUUUCCCAAAGAAUAUGUAUCUCUAUGUUCGUCCUCUGUUCAAGAUGACCCUGGAAUUUCCUAUCCUUCUCAACCCAAACAAAAAACACCAGACCUCUCUUUCCGCCGCAACGCAUUCGAUCAUCGAGCUUCAGCCGUUUGCUGCGAAAUUUGCGAAGCCGACCGAAUUUUUCGAUGCCCUCGCAGAAGCUGUGGACUAUCUGGAGCCUGCUUUCCGUGAUUCCCAUCUGACGUUUGCCAACAUGGCGAGUUCCUUCGCACGUUUCCAUGCCGAUUUUCUGCACGCAGAUGUGGGAGGUGCGUUGAAAAGAGGUCAGGAAGUGAGCCUCCACUUAAGGCACUGCGAGUUAAAGAAAUAUUCAGUCUCUGGUCUUCCUCGUUCAACAUCGUCAUCAUUUGCACAGCCCAUUUCUCAGUGUUUUCCCUUUGGAAUAUGUGAAAUUAUAGGCAAAAAUAAAUGAAAUAUUUCGACGAGCUCUAAUACACGACUUGAUCCAUGCGAUGCGGAGGAUCCAUGAAUACUACCCACUCUCCAGUUUGGACGCGACACUGACGGCCUUGGGCAGAUUGCCGGGAUUGUUUCUUAUGAAGACAGCGCUGAUCUAAUAGGAAUACCACAUGCAGCUUUCUCACUAGCCUGGUAAGGAUACCACAGUAGCUGUAGUUUCCUUACAGUCUUUCUCUUCCUCUACCUUCUCUUCUAUCUUGGUUUUUGUCUUGCUUUCUAAUCACUCAGAGGUCACCAUGCAUCAGCUGAUCGAGGAGGUGAUUGAGUUGAGGCAGGUUGAUAUCGCCCUAGUGGUGGACGAACUGGAGAGCUAUCGCAAGACAGCGCCAAGGCUGACAUGGGAGACUGCGAAAAAAAUCUACAUCAAGAAGCAUCCUGGGAGUGCUUUCGGGGACGUGGGAGGGUCGUUGUUUGGAGGGCUCUUUCGGUUGAUUCUUAUGGAUUUGCUGGGAGAUAGAAAUUUAUUGAGGAUUUAGAUAGAAAUUUAUGAUAUACCAGUAACCUGCUUCUAUUCGAAUGGACAAGCUACAACUUGUGGAGAUUUGUCGGUUAUCUCUUUCUAAAAUCGAUUAUCUCUAUCUAAUAAUCGAAUUUACAGUAUAAAAAUUUCAUACCCUUACCGUGAUGACUUACCUUAUCAUACUUCCCCUUUCCCCCUCAACAUUGCUAAUCACCUCUGGCUGUUCUGGUUUGCUCUCUACAUGGGUGGUGGCGCCUUAGUGGUUUUUGCAAUGUACAUGGCCAUGCUGAGAUUUGUUCCUGGAUUUAUGAACGGACGCUCUAUGCCAGAGAUGCCAGAUUGGCAGGAGUUUCUUCGCAACGGCGCGGACCUAAAAAAGAUGGCGGGUGCUUUGGGAGCAAGCCCCUUGCAAGCCAGCUCGCCGCUUUCGAUGGAGGCAGGUUACGGUUCUUUCCGCACCGAAGACGAUUUCAGCCUCGGAACAGCAGGAGGAGCAGCUCCGAGUGUGGCGAUUUAUGACAAGAACCAAGUAACAACAAUUAUUCACAAUUGUUUUUUAAGUGGUGUUGUACUUGUUGUGAUAUGAUCAGAAGAUCCGCGAAAUCUUUCCGUUCCUAAGUUCAUGAAUGUGAGGGUCUAAUUCAAGGAUCAACUCGGAGGUUCUUUGAGUGGAGCGAGUCAUCUUGGCGGAGCGAGUCAUUUUUGCGUUCCUAAGUUCGACCUUCAUAUUCAUGAACUUAGGAAGGGAAAGAUUUCGGGGAUCUUCUGACCAUAUCAUAUCAUUUGCCUGGCGAUCUUGGUCAUUUUGAUGAUCUUUAUCCUUGUGAUCUUUGUGAUUCUUCUAGGAUUAUGACCUUGGCCAACAGUUGCACUGCUUGCCAGAAGAAGUUGUUGUAUUAUUAUUUGCUCUAAUUCAAGGAUCAUACCACGGAAUUCCCUAUAGAGCUGCCUAUAGAGAUGCCUAUAGGGCUUCCUAUAGGGUUUCCUAUAGGGUUUCCUAUAGGGUUCCCUAUAGUGCUGCCUAUAGAGAUGCCUAUAAGGCUUCCUAUAAGUCCGCGGUCUCAAAUACGGGGUCCUAUAGGGGGUCCCUAUACGAAGGCCCUAAUAGGCGUUUCCUAUAGAGCCUCCUAUAGGGCUCCUAUAGGAAAAGCCUAUAGAGUUUUGGUUUACCUCUUGUAUAUAUACCUGUUAAUUUGCUCUAAUUCAAGGAUCAUACCACGGAAUUCGGAGGUUCUUUGAGUGGAGGUUCUUUGAAGACGUCACCGGCCGAUACUGCGAAAAACGCUGUUUCGACACUGUAUGCUAUGGGAGCCAAGGCAGCUAGUGCGGUUUCCCAUGUAGCGGUAGCACGGGGCAUGCGACGACGUGCGCCCAGCGAUGAGCCCAGCGUUGUCGCGAAAUCCUCAUUGGAUGACAUCGAGGCAGGAGUGAUCAAGAUUAUGGCCCCUUUUUUGUGUGCCCAUCGGAUCAAUAUUUUGAGCACCAUCUUCAUCUCUUUGGUUGUUUUUUUUUUCGGAAUAAUUUUGUUGUUAGUUCCUACAAGAGUAUUGAAUAAGUACAAGGAAAAUAUGGCACCGAGAUGAGGGAGCCAGCUAUACCGAGAUGAGGGAGCCAGCUAAAAAGGAAUACAUCAAGGGAACACUCUUAUAUCGAAUACAUCAAGUGAAGAACACUCUCACUCUAACACAAGUCGCAAUGUGGCAGACAUGCGUUCGCCAAGUGAUGUACGCCAUCCACUGCAACGUGCGCCAUCGUCCAGCUCGAACAGCAGCUCCGACAACUCUGAGGCUGGAUUGCUAUCGGCAAUGAAUUUAAGACCGGUUCACUACUGGAUUAUUAUUCACUGGAAGUAUCAAAGCUAAAAAAACACUGGUUGUAAGUACAUGUAACUCGCUCCUCUUCUAAUAAGCAACGCCGCAGCCGCCCCGUCACAGCUUGUGGAUCCUUUUGCGCCUAGCGCCAGUAUGCCAGAUCCCUUUGCGCCUAGUGCCGUCGGUUCAUUUGGGGAUAUGGGUAAUUCUGCAUUAAAUGUGAAUUGGAGAUAGAAGAUAGAAAUUUUGUAGAUGGGAUAGAAGAAAUCUUAAUCUACUAGUAGGCAGACUACAUUUAUUCAUGAGAAUCAGAAUGAUUUUUUUGAUUUUUUUGUUGUUGAAGAUUUGCACAUGUUUCAUCUCUCAGAUUUCGGCCACGGGCCAGAUUUCUCUAGAACCGGACUGGAGAGUUCGGCACCAAGCUGGAACACGGAGAAGGAUAUGACGCCGACACAGGACGCAGGCAAACGAGGAGGCUUUGAUGAUGUUUUCGAACUAGACGACAUUUUGUCGUAAGUACUUAAGUAGGUAAGAGAAAAUCAACAUCUUAGAUAAGAGAAAUGAACAUCUUAGAUCAUCAACGUUUUUGACUAGAAGUAGUGUUGAAGGAAAUGAGAGUACUCUCCUGAAUGGAUGUGGGUUUCGCUUAAGUAGAAGGCCGGUGGACGACAACUUUAGGGGAAACACACUCAGGGGAAAACCACUCAGCCUUCGAUGAUUGGGGAGCUACUACUACUAGUACUACAACUUCUAGAUAUAUCUGUAUUUAGGUAGCUCAUUAUGCUCGCUGAACUCUCGUUAUCAUGUUAAGAGAAUUUUCCAAAAGUUGUAGCUAUGGUUUACUCGACAGCAAUUACCAAGGAGAAUCACCAAAAUGUAUCAUGAACAGUACCGUGUUAACUUUCAUCAUUCGUCCACAACUAGAAGUAAGAAUUAUCCUUGUCACAACAUCCAAGAUAUGAGUCGAAAUUGUCAUAAAGGCUGACUUAGAGAAGUUUUGAAACGAUUGUUUAACUGUGUUUGCGCAUAGAUAUUUCAGAAGAUCACUCAAUAUUUCGUAACAAGCUCUCGCUCACUUCGCAUUGGAAGUUCUACUAAGAAUAUUAGGUUUCUGACCGCACUAUCAGGUUUCCAACCUCUUGCACAGUAGUUGCAUAGCAGAACAGGUAAAGAAAACAGGCACAGACAAAGAAAUGAAGCAACCAUCUCUACUCUUAUUCGAAGUUGUAUCGUCCACUCGAAUGGUCGGUUGUUGUAUAGCUAGUAAGUAUGUCAUAGAAGUAGAUCUAGAAUGUAAGAAUACAAGGUAGUUUUCGCUUCUAUAUUUAUUAUUCGCAACAUACCUCCUUCCCUGUUAAUAUUUACGACGUUCGUGGUCAGAACUAACAGAGAAGAACUAAAGAAGAACAACAAACCUCGACUUAUAUAUGAUGCAAUGAACUACAUCAGAAGUUCUUCGUUGAUCAAGAACAGUAUCGGGAAGGGAAUGAGUGUGCAGUCUGAUACCAAGGAGGAGCCCAGCUUCCGAGGUACCAAGUUUCCGAGGUACCAAGUUUCCGAGGUAACAAGCUUCCGAGGUACCAAGCUUCCGAGGUACCAAGCUUCCGAGGUACCAAGUUUCCGAGGUACCAAGCUUCCGCAUACACUGCUGCGCUUAUUUUCUUUCCGACUCUGUUGUCAACGGUAGAACUAGAAGUUUUUAAACAUCAAGAGGGACGAAGCAACUCGCUUGUAGCUGAUCUGUUAGGGAGUGCCUUGGCUCCAGGGUAAACAGACAGCACUGCGUCUUUUCACUCUGAUUCUAGCUCGUCAGGCUGUACUGCACUACACCAGACCGAGCUAUCCGUUAGCCAAUCGCUCGACUAGAGCUUUUUCAUCAAUGAAAUACACGAGUAUUCUUCUACUUAUACCCCAUGCCCAUAAUCCUUAUAAUGUAGGGAGCUAGGCAGGGAAAGGCUAGGCUCGAAUCAGAGCUUAACAGGCACUCUCCGAUGUAUGAAUAUGAGUCAACAAAAAUGAAUCAAAGUCGAUAUUAUGAUUCUACUCAUUACGGAACAAAAAGGUAGCUUGAAUAAUCAUCUAAAUAUUAUUUUCGAAAAACUUAAGACAGCCUCACGACCCUCAUGAUUCAACAUCCCAAGAAAAAGGUCUACUUUUAUUAUAUUUCCAGCAAAAUCGUCCUUCCCUCACAGAUUCAAAUGUUCAUUUCUCUUCUGCCUCUCAAUGGAACUCCGGUGCUGAUAAGCCACACAAUAUUAAAGUCAACCGAACUCAUAUAGUAAAUCACAGGAUUAAAUAUAAAAUCAUGAUGUUCAUAGAUAUGAUCAUAAAAAUAUAAUGAGUGGAAGUCCUGGUACAAAGAUAGAUGAUGAACCUCUUGUGGUCACAUUGAUAAGAAUGAAUAUUCCCUAUGUUCCUUUAUCCUAACCUAUGGUCCUCCAUUAUCCUCUAGUACAACAUCUCAAUCAUUGCGUGUCAUGCAUGAUAUCCUCUUGCAUAAAAUGCUCGUUCCUGUGAUCUUAAAAAACCCAAAAAUGGAUACCGACGACGAGGAUGCACUAGGGGUAACACGAACGACGAGAUUAUCCUCAUUUCACGUCGUGUUUUCACACCAACGAGGAGACUAUCCUUCUUUCGUCUAUUGCUACCCGACCCAUAAGAUUGAGCAUUAUUUCCUCAUUCACAGCUAUCACUGUCAUCCCAGCAGUUCUAAAAGAAACCCACUGCUACGACGCUACCAUUGUCAUCCCAUUUCAUCCGAUAGCACCCCACUGCUACGCCAAUGUCUGAAAGAAGGCGGACAUUGCGAAAAAAGAACGCUGCUAUGUAUACGACUAUGUAUACGACUAUGCGUGCGACUAUGUAGACGACUAUACAGGCGACUACGUGCACGACUAUGUAUACGACUAUGUAUACGACUAUACAUACGACUAUGUAGACGACUAUGUAGACGACUACGUAUACGACUAUGUAUGCGACUACGUAUACGACUAUAAUGCGCACGACUACGUAUACGACUAUGCACGCGACUACGUAUGCGACUAUGUAUACGACUAUACAUACGACUAUGUAGACGACUAUGCAUGCGACUAUGUGCGCGACUCUGUAUACGACUAUUUAUGCGACUAUGUAUGCGACUAUGUAUACGACUAUGCAUACGACUACGUAUACGACUAUGCAUGCGACUAUGCGUGCGACUAUGUACGCGACUACAUAUACGACUAUGUAUACGACUAUGUAUACGACUAUGCAUACGACUAUGCAUACGACUACGUAUACGACUAUGUAUGCGACUAUGCGUGCGGCUAUGUAUGCGACUAUGUAGACGACUAUGCAUACGACUAUGUAUACGACUAUGCAUACGACUACGCAUACGACUCUGAAGUUUUUCAACACACAAAAGUAUCUUGUUUCUCAUCGCGU